CGCACAAUUCAUAACCUCAGUGACGCUAGCUUGGUGCUCUAGUUUAGGUGCUCUGCGUUACUCAAAACUGGCCGGAAAUUAGACCUUUCGAAGACACCGAGGACAUUUGGUACCUACAUGUUGCAGUCUGAGCUUCUGAAAAGAAAAGUUGGGAGAAUUUUUAAUGUAAGGAGAUUUUAAGAAUAACACAAAUCGGAUUCGAACACGGCGCAAGAUCAUUGACGGGUUUCUAUUUUGCUGUCCAUUUGAGGAUGUUUUUUUUCUAACUCUGAAGAUUGAAGUAAGCUCUCCCGGAGUCGUAGACAGAGGAGUACGGGUGAAUGCAUGUCUCUACGGUAGACAGAAAUUAAAGCAAGGAGGAAGAAAACAGUGACAAUUUUAUUGCACUCGGUCUAUCCAGCGGCCUGAACCAAAUCAUGCAGCAUCCUUUGGAUUUGGGUGCUCAUUACUAUCCUCCGGAGGCGAACCCGGACCACCGGUCCCACUCACACCGCUACAGGAGCUUUAUGAUCGAAGAGAUUCUUACCGACCACCCGGACCACAAGGUUUCUAACCCCGCCGGCGAGCUGCUCAAGUUCGGAGUACAAGCGCUGCUAUCUGCGCGGCCGUACCAUAACCACCUGGUGUUGAAGGCCGACCAAUCGGGUAUUUUGAAGUUUCCCCUGUCGCCUCUAUCCUGCUCGAUUGGAUCACCAUUAGGCUCGGCUCUUCUAUCCGGGCCUCCGGGCCUCCACGGCGGCUCAGCCUCUCAUCACCUCCCGCUGGACCUUCACCUCCGGAGCAAGCUGGAGCACGGUGGGGACGGCAACAGUAAGGCCAAGAAGGGCCGUCGGAGCAGAACAGUCUUCACUGAACUACAGCUUAUGGGUCUGGAGAAACGAUUUGAAAAACAGAAGUACCUGUCAACACCAGACAGGAUAGACCUUGCCGAGUCGCUGGGUUUGAGUCAACUACAAGUCAAGACCUGGUACCAGAACAGGAGAAUGAAAUGGAAGAAAAUAGUCCUACAAGGAGGGGGAUUAGAAUCGCCAACCAAACCGAAGGGACGUCCAAAGAAGAAUUCAAUCCCCUCAAGCGAGCAGCUUUCUGAGCAGGAGAGGUCUCGAGACGUCGACCGUCAGUCAGACGGUUCCACUUCGUCACAUUCUGACACUAACCAAGAGGAAUAACAAUGUCGGUGCUCCGACCCGGACUACUCUCUCACGACGUACACCAGACGUUUAUACAGCAUCCGGGAUGCGUAAUGGUGGUGGUCGAUCUUUGGUUCCAAGAGCCUUGCCCUUUUUGGCACUUCAACCAAGAGACUGAUGUCGGCGUCCCGUAGGAGAGAAGGAACACUAUUUUUUGUAUUACUAAUCACGUUCUCCAGACACUUCCUCUUGGAAGGAGGUAACUUUUUAUAUGCUAUUAUCACAUUGUCUUUCAUCAUCAAUGUGUUCCCAAUGCCACGCUUCACGCCAAAACUGUUACUGCCGUGGAGCGGUAGAGGCGAGACGAGAGAGGGGACGGGGAAACGAACACCGACCAGUAGGUCAACUCUUUCAUUGCCUCCAUUCGAAGGACCCACGUAACACACACCGCUUUGGUUCUUCCGCCUUUGUUUGUUCGCAUACUUACAUGGUUCAUUGUGUUUUAUUAUCAGGAAAUUUUUGGAUGUAAUUAAAUAUUUUUUUCACUUACAUAUAAAUGUUCUUUUAUUUUUGUAUAUUCUCAAAGGAAGUAAGAACACAUCUGAUAUGCACGGCAAUGUAUCGUCCAAAACAUAAUUUAUCGUCCAGAACAUUUUUAAUCUGCUACAUUUAUUGUCUCUUAUCCCACUGCUUUAUUUGUCAGAGCUAAAAGAAAAUCUUGCCCAAAACAGUACGCACAAUUAUGGCAAGCUCAUCAAUGAGCAGAUUUGGAUGAAAACUACAUUUGAACUAAAUCUGCAUCGAAAUAGGAAAAUAACUGUUGGUCAUUAGACACCACGUGCUCAAUUUCCAUACUCAAUUUGCAUAAUGUGACUGAUAAAGCAAAAUCCAAUGAUCUGACAAUUAGGUCUCAAUUCAAUCUAAUCGGCAUUUACGCUGAAUCUUUAUCCAAACGGUAAAUCUAAGGCCAAUUAACAGACGGUUCUUGGGCACUACCACUGCAAUACGACCCCCUCAAAGAUCUGCUUACAGAAUUAGAAAUGUGUGGGCAUGAGAAGAAUAUUUCUAAAUAAAGACACUGCGUAAGCAUUGCUAUGGCUGCUUUGAAUGAAUCCCAGACUUAUUUUUGUC